CAAGCAUUUUCAUAACCUGUCAUAACCUCAUGCAACAUGCGUAUAGAAACGUGUUAUUUCUGUUCGUCCCGGAUUUAUCCGGGACAUGGAAUACAAUUUGUAAGAAAUGAUUGUAAGAUAUUCAAGUUUUGUCGGUCAAAAUGUCAUGCUGCUUUCAAAAAGAAGAAAAAUCCAAGGAAAGUCAAAUGGACCAAGGCAUACAGAAAAACAGUUGGCAAAGAAUUGGCAGUGGAUCCAGCCUUUGAAUUUGAAAGGAGGAGAAACAUCCCCAUCAAAUAUAACAGAGAAUUAUGGAGUAAGAGCAUUGAAGCAAUGAAGAAAGUAGAAAACAUCAGACAGAGGAGACAGAAUCUACACAUAAUGCAGCGGUUACGUAAAGGACGUGAAUUAGAACGAGAAAGGGAUGUGAAAGAAGUUCAGCGUGAUCUGUCUCUUAUAAGAUCACCUGCUGCUGGUCUUAAGGAAAGGAAAGCAUUGGAAGAAGCAGCAGAAUCAGAAGAAAGAAUGGAAGCAUCCAAUGAUGAACAUGAGCCUGAAGAAUUAGAAAUAAAUUGAUUUAAUUCACUGUAACAAUUUCUAAGAACAUCAUUCAAAGCAACACAUAC